AUGACGAACCGACUGCAGCAUGGCGACUACAGGGUGGCAUGGAUAUGUCCUAUGGAGGUUGAGCAAAUUGCUGCGGAGGAGAUGCUGGAUGAGGAGCACGACGACCUGCCACAAUCAGAAGCAGAUCACAACGUUUAUAAGCUCGGGAGCAUAAACGGGCACAACAUCGUCAUCGCUGGUCUGCAUGAGACGGGCAAUUGCUCUGCAGCCGCCGUCGUAACGCAGAUGCGAAUGACAUUUCGAAAGCUCAAGUUCGGAUUGCUUGUCGGCAUUGGUGGCGGCGUUCCAGUUGCCACAGACUGCGGGAUGAUUCGUCUAGGCCAUGUUGUGGUUAGCAAGCCCGCUGGCGCGCAUUCCGGUGUCGUUCAGUACGACCACGGGAAAGCCAUCAGCGAAGGUCUGUUCGAGCGGACUGGGUCUCUCGCACCGCCACCAGCUGUGCUUCUGAAUGCGGCACGACAGAUGGGAGUACAGCGCAAAAGGGCUAAAGGCAAACGAGAUCCGAUCUUAGAAAACGUCAGUCGAAUCGAUCCAAAACACCCUCCUUUUCGACAGUUCGGUUUUGAGUACCCCGGCGAGGAGAACGACUUUCUGUUUCCAUCGGGUCACCGCCACCAACAACAAGGAAUUUCCUGUGAAGCUGGUGGAUGCGAUCUUUCCACGCGUGUUCUGAGGUUGGAGGACACAGAUAGGACCUUCGUGACGGUACAUAUGGGCAAUAUUGCUUCAGGAGAGCGCGUGAUCAAAGACGCAACACUUAGAGAUGGGCUUGCAAAGCAGUACGGACUAUUGUGCUUUGAGAUGGAGGCAGCUGGAGUUUCUUUUAACUUCCCCUGUUUGACUAUUCGCGGUAUUUCUGACUAUUGCGAUUCUCACAAAAAUGAUCGGUGGCGUGGCUACGCAGCAGCCGUUGCUGCUGGAUAUACCAGGCAGCUUUUCUUUCACAUGCCCGUUGAAGAGGUGCAACGGGUGCAGCUACCAACCUCAUUCACACUUGCUUUCCAAUUAUCGGGAGUUCAUAGUGUGGAGACCUUCAUCUCCAGAGAAACGGAGCUGAUGCGCAUGCACGAACUUCUGAAGGGACCCCGAGACCGCCGCAUCGUUGUUCUGCACGGAUUAGGCGGCAUGGGCAAGACCCAGAAAGCGGUACAGUAUGCGAAACGGCAUCGCGAAGAAUACUCUGCUGUCAUUUGGCUCAAUGCAAAAGAUGUCACGUCUCUCCAACAAACCUUUCACAGAGCUGCCCGGAGAAUUUUGAGCGAGCACCCAAGCGUGGCAUAUCUGCAGACCGCUACAAGUAAUCAAGAUCUCAAUCGUUCAGUGGAGGCCGUUCUCAAGUGGUUGAAUGAGAAGGGAAAUGAUCGUUGGUUAAUCGUCUAUGAUAAUUACGACGCUGUCAAGUUUGACGGGGACGACUCCUCAAGCCAGAUGACUGUGAAAGACGAAACUAGAACGGGUCCUGAUGCCAACGAAACCGACUCGAACUCUUACGAUAUCCGCCCAUACAUCCCUGAAGCUUUUCACGGCGCUAUCAUCACGACGCGUUCGUCAACAGUGGAUCUGGGCCAUCUCAUCCGACUUCCAAAGUUAGAAGACGUCAACGACAGUUUGGCGAUCCUAGCAUCAACGUCCCAGAGAGAAAGGUUUAGCCAGGAACCUGAUGCUCUUUCUCUUGCACGCAAGCUCGAUGGCCUUCCACUUGCUCUCGCGACCGCUGGGGCUUACCUCCGCCAAGUGUCAGUGACUUGCACCGAAUACCUCGAGGACUGGGACAAGUCGUGGCUGCAACUGCAAGAAAAUACACCGCGACCAAGAACUUACGAGCAAAAAGCAUUGUACUCGACUUGGAACAUUUCGUACCAAUAUAUUCAGCGGAAGAACGACGAUGCCGCCGUGCUCCUUCGACUAUGGGCGUACCUCGAUAACGAAUAUCUGUGGUAUGAGCUUCUCAGUGCAUGUGAGAAACAGUCAGACGCACCAGUCUGGCUACAGCGUAUCACAGCAGCCAAGUUUGACUUCCACAAGACCAUGAGAACUCUUUGCGAAUACGGAUUAGCGGAAGCAAGCCCUCCCACGAAAGAGCCUGGACCAGAUUCCCGAGGUUACAGCGUGCAUGAAUGUGUUCACGCCUGGAUAACACAUGUGUUGAACGUGGAGGUGGACACGGAGAUGGCCUACCAGGCUAUCAAAUGUGUCUCAUGGCACGCCCCAACUGACGAGGAGCCUGAGUACUGGGUCUUACAACGACGUCUUGUUCGACACGCCGACAGAUGUUUCAGAACAGCAGUCAGGAAGAACGAAGCAGAAGCUGACGCAGAGACCAAAGAAGCGUGA